AGAAAACAAAACAAGAGAUGGAAAACUGGUGGCGUUGGGGUAUGCUAAUGGCGCUCUACUUACCACUGAUCGCAAUUCCGGUUCUCAGACCGUCGGAAGGUAAGGAACUACGACCAUCGGAUCACGGACUAUCUAACCAAGGGGAUGAACAAGCAAAGGCCCCGCAGAUGUCAUCGUUCUUCGGCAGCGGAGUCUCUUCAACCACACAACCAUUACCGGAAGCCAGAAAUUUGAGCGAUCCGUCGUGGAGUAGCGGCGGCAGCGGCGGCGGUAGUGCAGAUCACGUGAGGAAGGUGUUGAUAGUCUCCAGCUUAGUUUGCGGAAUCGCCGGCAUCUUUUUGCUGGUCGCCGCUGGAAUUCUUUUCCUACAUCGGUUCAAAAAUCGAAGAUCUACACGAUAGUGCUUUCCAGCUAAUAAUUUUCAUUUUUAUAUUUUAUCCUUUAAUUUCGAUCCAUUUUUUUAGUAACUGUUCAGUACUUCCUGUUUAAAUGUUGUUCGAAUUCGCAUUUGCUCGAUUCACACACACGAGACAAGAGGAAUUUGCUUUGCAUUUUUG